AUGUACAAGUCCGAAACACAAACAUCUUCGACUGAAUCUGCCACAAAUGCUUCUUCCUCGCAACAUCUUGAAACAGAAACAAGUUAUAUGUCACACGACACAUCAAGAUUGGUAAAGAAGAAGAAGACGAGCACAAAGGCAUUAGUGAAGUGUCUACUAGGCGUUGUGGCUGACUUAAGUUCUAAAGUAGACAGUGUAUUACAGAAAAAAGAUGAACCCGACACAAAUUUUGAACCAGACAGAAGGUUUCGAGAGGAGGAAGAGAUGAUAAAUGAAGAGGAGGAAGAAAAAUAUUACCAUGAUACACAUUUUGACUCUGAUAAUAUAGGUAGUCAUGGUUUGGAGGUGGAAUUUGAGUCUACACCUACGCAUGUUGAGCCGUAUAAUCGAAGAGCUAGAUGUAAUUGA